GGGGUUUUCUUUUGCAUAGAAUGCGGAGAGGAAGCACAUUCAGGGAAGGAGCUGAGGACUAUGUAGGAAUUCCUGACUGAAGUCAUGGGUUCGGAGGCGAUGGAGGAUUGUGUGCAGGGGGCGCUCUCGUCGCUUUACCCUCCUUUCGAGAGCACAGCACCACCCCUCCUCUCCCAGGUCUUCUCAGUCCUGGAGUCGACCUACCAACACGACAGUCUUCGCUACCUCUUGGACUACUUCGUUCCUGCCAAGCACCUCCUGCACAAGCUCCAGCAGCACGCCUGCUCUCAGUACCUGGGCUGCUUGUUCCUUCACUCCGGCUGGCCUCUGUGUUUAGGCGAGAAAGUGGUCGUACAGCUCUCCACCCUGGACUGGAGGAUCCUGCGCAGUAAUGACUUCUACCUGCAGGUGGUGCCCUUCUCUACACGCUGCCCCCGGCUGGCCCUAAAAUGUCUGGCCCCCGGGGGGCGCACCGUUCAGGAAGUCCUGGUACCGGAGUCACAGCACCCCCUUGUUUUCACCACUGAGUGGCUGCACAGCGUGAACAAGGAACGGGGCCACAAGAGAGAACUUGGAGGAGGACUUGACACCUGCCUGGUCAGUACAUGUGACGGUGUGGUUCGACUUCCUUGGAAGGAGGUCGUCUACCCAAAAUUCAUCCACGACCCUUCUGAGGAGCUGGGCCUGAUGUCCAACCACGAGGGCAGCACAUCCAAACGCCUCCCCAGUGAGGGGGGCAGCAGCCUCGGGGGCUGGGGUGGCUCAUCCUCCGGGGAACUGGACUCCUGGUCCUGGGAUGAGGAGGAAGACGAUGGUUUACCACCAGAUGGUUUGGACUCUGCGCCUGCGCUUCGGCGAAGGCGCAGCGAAGACGGGCUUGGGCGGACAUCGAGGCACCCUCAGCUGGACGGGGACUAUGUAGAGCUGUUGGAGCCCAGAUUGGGUCCUGAUGGAGGGGUUGACACAAGGCAGAGGUACCUGGAGAUGCAUGGAAUUUGUAAGACCAAGACUUUGCCCCUGUGCAGGAGAAGUAAAGCCAUCAAACUCCGGAAGGGGAGGGCUUGGGGAUAUGGGAGACUAGAAGGGUCAGGAAGCUUUCGAGCUGCCAAAAGGGACGUAGUUACCCCAAAAGGUGACAUUUUACCACAUAGACCUCCACCAGGUGUCCCUGAACCGGGCAAAGGGAGGCAAUCUUACUCUUCUUCUGUCCACGACUCUGAUGAAGGAGAUAAAACCAGCAGAGACUCUGGAGGCCUGGAAAGCCAUCGGCCUUAUUUCGAUAGCCUGUUCAAAGAGAGGAGGCCCGGCGUGGGCAAGGAGAGAGAUAGCAACAGCCUCACCCAGCCGGUCAGAGACAACCACACGGGUAAAGACUCAGAGAGCGGCGAUAGUUUUGUCCAGGACGUGACUAACCACAAAGUCGGGCAUGUCAUAGAGGGUCACUCAGAUCACGGAUCUCAUUCAGACUCUGUUUUCGAGGAUACAGAUAAACCACUGAGCGGAGACAGUGACACCACAACCCCAACAUCAGACGCACCAGAGAGACCCUUCACUGGAGUUUUAGAAAGCGGAGAAAAUACCAACAUUGGAUCUAAAACGAAAAAUUCGUCGAACUCAAAGUUGAACGAGGAAAGGGAUGACGGAAAGACUGAGGACAGAGUUUGCCCCAGAGGAAAGGAAGUUAAAACUGCAGGAUUCAGAGCUCCAAGGAGGAAAAGGAAGGGAAAGGGGGCCAAACGGAGGGCUAGGUCUGGUGGGCGUGCACACCAAAAGGGAUCAAAGCUGCAGGGUAAAGCUGCUCAACCAAGUCCCACCACCUGCUCUACUUUGACAAAGCAGCCAGUCACAGAGGAGAACCAAUCGGAGCAAAGAAAACAGGCGGACGAACCUGACGGAGUGCCACCUUCAACUCCGGGGGGGAAAGAGGACACAAGGAAAAGCAGCGCAGAGAAAGAAGCCGGAUCGUUGCCUGUCUGCAACGGCCAAUCAGGCACAUCCUUACUUAACCACUCUAAUGAGGAGGCGGGGUCAGGAGAGACAUGUCAGAACGUACUAAAUGGUGUUCCAUCUAAAGAGCCUCCCCUGCUGAGGGAACUGGACACAGAGCUUCUCCAGUCAGGGAAGCUAAAGUUGACAGGUACAGUGGACAGGCUGGGACGCGCUCUGGUGGUCACAGAGACGGAUGCAUCAGAGGAGAGCUUCUCUGAGGAGGAGAUGGCCCGGGUCCUGGCCUGCUACUACAGAAUCACUCGGCCUGCAGCUAAAGAAAAAGGUCUCACAGUGUUAAUGGACAGCAGACGCUCUCCGCCCUCCACCCUCUGCUUCUCUGCUCUUAAACUGUUCCAGGUGUUGGUUCCUGGCGGUCUUGGAUCUGUUCUGGUUUUGGUGGGAGAGCAGCAGGAGUCCCUUUCUCAUGAUGUGGAAGGAGCAGAGAUCCACAUGGUGCGAGGAACAGCGGUGCUUCAGCAGCAUGUUGACAAGCAGCAGCUGCCCAAAGAGAUGGACGGAGACUUCACACACUGUCACUCAGACUGGCUGGCCUUCAGACUAAGCCUCGAGAGUCUGACGGAGCACUGCGAGAGCGCCAUCGCACUUCUCGGAGAAGCACUGCAGUCUAUGGACUCUGAGCCCAUGCCAGACAACAUCAAGGCUGUUCCCCAGAGCAUCGACAAACACAGACAGCUCAUGGCGAGCGUCCUGGCCGACCCACGCUUGACGGAACCACAGCAAAGGGGCGGGGCGUGGCUGGCGGGACUGACCAAUAGUGCAACCGGACUGGCACAGAAGUCACCAGACUGCAGGGCUGCUCUCGCCGCGACCUCUAAACUCUACGACAGCGUGGAUGACGCCCUCCACCGGCUCGUCCGGGUGUCCAACCAGAGAGGUCGCGACCUGGAGGCUCUGGGACGACUAGCGGGGCUGGUGGACAAACUGGAAAAGUGUGAUAAGGAGAUUGAGCAAGUCCAGUCACAGCUUGAAGACUACAAGGACCCUCCUCUGUCUCUCAGCAGACUCUCGCUCAAACAGCAGAAAUUCAAGACGUUCAGAGAAACAGCCAAUGAGCUGCACAGCGAGACUCUGUCAGUGCUCAGCAAUCUGGAGGGCUGGUGCGAGCUGGACUGGGCGGGCCUGAGCGCCGUCCAGAUCCGGCUUCCCCCGGUCAGGGAGAAGCUGAGAGACAUGUCCCACUGUCUGUCUGACUGCUGGACCACCCUGGACAACACACAGAGGCUGCUGUCCACGCUGACCGAGGCCACCCAGUGGUGCGAGGUGGUGUUCUCCACCUCCUCCUCCUCCCCCUCUUCCACAUGCCCCCUCGCCUCCCUCCCCCCGAUCCCACCGUCCCGUUUCCAGGACGCCCGUUCCUUGGCCAUAGAGCUUGGCGGCGGGCCUCUCCUGGAUCUCUGGACGCAGACUGUGGAGCGCUACCAGCGGACCGUGGCGCAGGUUAAACCGCGGUUCCUCCAGACGGACAGGGCCCAGAAUCAGGGCCAGGGGAGGCCCAAGACGCCGUCCGCCAGCAGCCUGUGGGACCUCAUGGGCACGGAGGGAGAGGGCGACUGGGGGUUGGGAGCCGGAGGAGGCGACGGGGGGAUGCAGUCCUGGGGGUCCCUGGCGUCGCUGUUCAGACCGCAGACCUGCUCCACACUGAAGAUAGGAGAGGAGAAGGGGAAUAAGAAGGAGGGAGCAGGGGGAGGAGGAGCGGGUGGAGCCGGAGGAGGGAAGUUCCUGCAGAACCUUCUGAAUCCCGCGAAGAAGAGUCCCACAGAGGCCCCGCUCCCUCCCAAGCCGCCCAGGAGGCGACACCCGAGCUUUGACCUCCAGGCUCUCCUGGCUCCCCGCAGAGGCACGGCCUCCCCGAAACCUGCAGAGUCCCCGACCGGCGGGCCGAGCCGCAACUCCCCCAUGUCGUGGCUGGGGAGGCGGGCUGUAGCUGACCCGGUGAUCGCCACCAGCAUGGCUGCAGCGAUCCCAGGAUGGGCCGCAGGAGGAGGUGGAGGAGGAGGAGGAGGAGGAGGAGGAAGUGGGGUGUUAAUUCGAGGGGUGGAAGUCAGCAGCAAGGAGGUGGUGGACCACACGGGGUCGCCGCGGCAACACGUGCUGCUCGGGAGGACGGAGAGGGAGACGGGGACGGAUAGGGCCGGGUCAACUGCACAGAGUAAGCUCUACCUGCUCUGGUGCAGGAUGCUGAGUUCAGAGAGGCAGUAUGUGGCCAUCCUGAAGGGGGUGGAGGAGACGUACCUCCCCCUGAUUGAGCUCUCGGACACCCCGGCCUCCAUCAGGGGGAAGGCAGACGCCCUCUUCCCCAACUGGGCCAGCCUCAGUGCCUUCCACUCGCAGAACCUGCUCCCGGCCAUGGAGGGCGCUCUCGUGCAGAGCUUGCUGCAACAGGACUGCUUCAGCAAAUAUAGGGAGCAGUUUCUCCAGUACUCCCACUACAUCAGGAACAAACCAGAGCUGGACUCUCCGCUGGUCACUCAGGCUGUCGACUUCUUUAAGUCCAAGCUUCCCCCGGUCCCCCUCUCCCCCCUGUCCUUCCCUCACUGCCUCCAGGCUCCCACCCAGAGGCUGGAGCAGUACUGCGAGGCCCUGGAGGAGCUGGGAGGGAUAAACCCCGCCUCUGACUCCGCCCUCUCCAUCCUGAGACACGCCCAGAGGCACGGCGAGGACCUCAGGGCCAGCGACCUCAUCGUCGGAUGUCCGAUCCCCGUGUUGGAGCGUGGCGAGCUGGUGCGGCACGGCGAGCUGACGGUGUGCGGGGGGGCCAGGAGGAAGCGGGCGGGCGUGAGGAACGUUUUCCUCUACCAGCACGCCGUCGUCUUCACCAAACAGAAGAGCCCCGGACCGGGACGCACAGCCUACAGCUACAAACACAGCAUCAAGACCGGUGAGAUGGGUCUGACUCAGAGCGUGGGCGGGGAGGGAGUGAAGUUUGAGGUCUGGGUCCGUCAGGCUCCUCGAAUCAGAGACUGCGUCACGCUGCAGGCCAAGGACAGGGAGGACAAGGCGGCCUGGACUCACGACAUCGCCCAUCUGCUGUGGACGCACGCCAUCAACAACACAGAGUUGUGUCUGAAGGAGUCCCUCUGCAUGGGGAUUUCCAGUAAGCUGCUGCUGGACGCGACAGGAACUCAAGGCUCAGAACUGGACUCCAUCUACAGCCUCAACGACAGAGUCCACAGUAGCUGCUCAGACUCCUCCUCUGUCGGCAGUCAGAAGGAGGGGGGAUCCCCGGCGUCUGGGAGGGACCCCAGAAGGAGCUCCGGAUCAACAAGUUACUCCCAGAGUCAGUCUCCCUCUACAGCCGUGUAACUGUCAUCUCAACGAGAAAACUGGACCCUGGACUUCUUUCGAAGAUCUACACAUCUCUAUUCCACCUCUGGGCGAGCCAAACUGGACUUUGAGGAGCGAGAAGAUGAAAUAAACCAACCUCAGACUCUUUUUUUUGAACCUCUCCCCCAUGCUUGCCCUCUUUCCCCCCCCCCACCUCCUUAAAAGAACUAAAA